AAACUAGCCGUUUAAAACUCGAAAUGCGUAUUGGAGAAUGCGUGUGCAAAUAGCAAUGAUGCUCAGCUGUACAUCUGGGCGAUGCUGUGUUGCUAUCCGGGUUGGUGAUGAAAUGCUUACAAUCUUUUCCCACUUUAUUUACAGAUUUUUUUAAUGACGCCUUUUUCACCAUGUACAGGAAAUAACUCGAAAUCAUGUGACGUCACUGUGAAUUUAGCCAUUAUUGUCUAUAAAUAAUAUUUUAAUUAUUUAAUUUAGCUGUCGAUUUUCAUUAUCCUCGAUUAUAAUGUUGACAUGUUCGCAAAACCCCCAAAACCUAAAAAAUACAGAACACUACCGGUUUGUGUUUUGUGGGGGUUGUGUUUGGGAAGAGGAGGCAAUAAAUCUGGCACCUGAUGCGAAACGGUUUAUAAAUAGACGAGCCUUUUAAAAAUAACGUUUCCCCGACGUAUUUCAGAUUGCUGGCCUACCAAAACAUUUGAGAAUAAGCCCUCUGUAGUUCGCAAUUGGUCCUUUUGCAACAUCUGAAUGUCUCUGAGACACCAUGACUAACAGGUUAAAAUCCUGGACAAUGCCUAGAUGCGUUUUACAUCACCAGUUUCAUUGCUAUUUUCACACGUUUAUUGCUUCCACCCCCUCACUCUUUACCAGGCAGCAUAGAAUGCAGAUAUAUCGGAUGGGAUAAAGAUUCCUGUCCUUAAUAGGGACAUUUAUUUCAUGUAUUUCCUUUUUUAUGAGGAUGUACUGACCAUAUCAACAAAACCUAUACAUUUAACUCAACUUUUAGUGCUCGAAACCAGCUUGAUUGAAUGUCACCCGUGUUUUCCCAAAAGUGACUACUUGUUCCAUAUCUGUCAGUUGAAAUAAACAAAGCACAACGAGGAAACUCCAGUCAGCUCCUAUGUUUGGUUAAAGAAGAUGAAAGAGCAUGAUUUGGGAAAGGAAUACAUGGUACCUGGGCCUGUUUAUCGGGCCGUGCCGAGCAGAGAUACUACUACUUUACCAUGCUUAGAGGUCAACCCAUAUCAGCUGGAGCUCACUACGGUGCAGGAUGCACUGGAGACAGCAGCAAGGGCAGAGGGCGGUUUGUCCUUGGACGGUGGCAGAGUUGUGCCCCACAUGAAAGAGCUGGAGGAGGACACAGUGCGAAGCAAAUACCAGCACAGCGUCAGCGUCCUCAAACCUAUACGCUCAACCAGCAAGCACCAGCACCCAGUGGACAACGCAGGCCUCUUUUCCUUCAUGACCUUCAACUGGCUAACGCCACUGGCUGUGCGCGCCCACCGCAAAGGCCACCUGCUAUUGGAGGACGUGUGGGCAGUGUCCCAGUUCGAAAGCUGCGAGGUCAACCGUCGUAGGCUGACCGGGCUGUGGGAGGAGGAGCGCAGGGUGAAAGGGGACCAAGCCUCCCUUUGCAGUGUGGUCUGGGUGUUCUGUCGGACUCGCUUGCUUCUCUCCAUCCUCUGCCUCAUGGUCACCCAGCUAGCCGGCUUCAGUGGCCCAGCCUUUGUGGUAAAGCGGCUUUUGGAGUACACCGAGCAGGCUGUGCCUGACCUGCCCUAUGGCCUGGUGUUGGUCCUCGGGCUGUUGUGCACUGAACUUAUCCGCUCCUGGUCCCUGGCGCUAACCUGGGCCCUCAACUACCGCACGGGCAGCCGCCUGCGGGGAGCCAUCCUCACCAUGGCCUUCCACAAAAUCCUGCGGCUCCGCAGCAUCCGAGACAAGUCCAUGGGCCAGUUGAUCAACAUGUGUUCUAACGAUGGUCAGCGGAUGUUUGAGGCAGCAGCUGUGGGCAGUCUGCUGGCAGGCGGGCCCCUGAUUGCUGUGCUUGGUAUGGCUUUCAAUCUGGCUAUACUGGGUCCUACCUCCUUACUGGGUUCGGCGGUCUUCAUCCUCUUCUACCCUGCCAUGAUGUUCAGCUCGAGGCUGACGGCCUACUUCAGGAGGAAGGGCGUGGCUGUGACGGACAGGCGAGUCCAAAAAAUGAACGAGAUCCUUAAUUACAUCAAGUUCAUCAAGAUGUAUGCCUGGGUCAAGGCUUUCUCCCAGGAUGUGCGCAGAAUUCGAGAGGAAGAGCGUGUCAUCCUAGAGAGGACCGGCUACUUCCAGAGCAUCACAGUGGGCGUGGCCCCUAUUGUUGUGGUGAUCGCCAGCGUGGCCACGUUCUCGACACACAUGCUGCUGGGCUACGAUCUCACUGCAGCGCAGGCAUUUACAGUGGUAACUGUUUUUAACGCCAUGACCUUUGCCCUGAAAGUCACCCCUUUCUCUGUCAAGUCCCUGUCUGAAGCGUCCGUUGCUAUGGAGAGGUUCAAGAGCUUAUUCCUGAUGGCGGAGGUGGAGAUGAUCCGAGACAAGCCCUAUGAUCCCCAUGUCGCUGUGGAAAUGACCGGAGCCAGUCUGGCAUGGGAGACAGCGGGUCACAGCGCUCAGCCCACACCUCGCGGCACGCCGUCGGUCAGCACCACGCAGCGGCACGGGCGGCGGAGGCCCAUCCGAGAGGAGAUGGGGGAGCAGGCAGGCCGUCUGUUGAAGGAGGGGGAGGCGGAAACACUGUCUAUCCCUGGGGACGACCCCCCGCCAGUCCCCACCGUCUGCCAGCGACUCCAGAGGACCCUGCACUGCGUAGACCUCACCGUGCAGCAGGGAAAGCUGGUUGGGAUCUGCGGAAGCGUGGGUAGUGGGAAGAGCUCACUGAUCUCUGCUAUACUUGGACAGAUGACCCUGCUGGAGGGCACAGUGGCAGUAAACGGAGACUUUGCCUAUGUGGCCCAGCAGGCCUGGAUCUUCAAUGCCUCUCUUAGGGAUAACAUCCUCUUUGGGAAAGAGUACGAGGAGGAAAGAUUCCAGGCUGUUCUGAGCGCAUGCUGUCUGAGACCUGACCUGGCUAUCCUGCCCAAUGCCGAUCUGACUGAGAUUGGAGAGCGUGGUGCCAACCUUAGUGGCGGACAGCGCCAGCGAAUCAGCCUGGCACGGGCUCUGUACAGUGACCGAGCCAUCUAUAUUCUGGACGACCCCCUCAGCGCACUGGAUGCCCAUGUGGGCAACCACAUCUUCAACAACGCCAUCAAGAAACAGCUCCGCCACAAGACUAUCAUCUUCGUCACUCACCAGCUGCAGUACCUUGUAGACUGCGAUGACGUCAUCUUCAUGAGGGACGGCAGCAUUACAGAGCAGGGCAGCCAUGAAGACCUGAUGCGCCUCAAUGGAGACUACGCCGCCAUGUUCAAUAACCUACAGUUGGGAGAGACGCCCUUUAGUGAGGGGCCUACUAAGAAGUCUGGAAACUCCCUAAAGAAGCCCUCAGAAAACACAAAGUCUGGAUCUGUAAAGAAGGACAAGCCUGUUAGCAAAGACAACGGUCAGCUAAUGCAGGUGGAAGAGCGUGGGCGGGGCUCGGUCCCGUGGUCGGUGUACGGAGUGUACAUCAAGGCAUCAGGUGGCGCACUGGCCUUCCUCCUUAUUCUGGCCUUGUUUGUCCUUAACGUGGGCAGCACAGCCUUCAGCAACUGGUGGCUAAGCUACUGGAUCAAGCAGGGCAGCGGGAAUACCACAGUUUUGGUGGGGAACAGUUCGGUGGUGAGUGACAGCAUGAGAGACAACCCCUUGAUGCAGCACUACGCUGGAGUCUAUGCUUCCUCCAUGGGCGUCAUGCUGCUUCUCAAACUGCUGCGUGGCAUAGUCUUUGUCAAGGGCACUUUGCGGGCUUCAUCCAAGCUGCAUGAGGAGCUCUUCCGGAAGAUUCUACGCAGCCCAAUGAAGUUUUUUGACACCACACCCACCGGACGGAUCCUUAAUCGCUUUUCUAAAGACAUGGAUGAGGUGGACACACGCCUGCCGUUCCAGGCGGAGAUGUUUAUCCAAAACGUCAUCCUGGUCUUCUUCUGCCUGGGCGUGAUUGGCAGUGUCUUCCCCUGGUUUCUGGUGGCAGUGGGCCCGCUGGUUUUGCUCUUCACUGUGCUUCACAUGGUGUCGCGUGUCUUCAUCCGUGAGCUCAAGCGGCUCGACAAUGUCACCCAGUCACCCUUCGUCUCGCACAUCACCUCGAGCAUCCAGGGCCUCACCACCAUCCACGCCUAUAACAAGGGCCAUGAGUUCCUGGACAGGUACCAGGAACUCCUGGAUCAGAACCAAGCACCGUUCUACCUGUUCAGCUGCGCCAUGCGCUGGCUGGCUGUGCGGUUGGACGUCAUCAGUGUGGCUUUGAUUAGCAUCACGGCGCUCAUGAUCGUUCUCAUGCAUGGACAGAUCCCCCCAGCUUAUGCUGGCCUGGCCAUCUCCUACGCCGCACAGCUCACAGGGCUGUUCCAGUUCACAGUCCGGCUGGCCUCUGAAACGGAGGCACGCUUCACUUCUGUGGAGAGAAUUCAUCACUACAUUGAGUCUCUAGCGUUGGAGGCUCCAGCCCGCAUUAAGAACAAAGCGCCCCCACCAGACUGGCCUCAGGAGGGUGAGGUGGUGUUUGACGGGACGGAGAUGAGGUACAGAGACAACCUGCCACUGGUUCUCAAGAAGGUGUCCUGCAUCAUCCGGCCAAAGGAAAAGAUUGGCAUAGUAGGUCGGACUGGUUCAGGGAAGUCUUCUCUGGGUGUAGCCUUGUUCCGCCUGGUAGAACCUUGUGGCGGCACCAUCAAGAUAGAUGACAUCAACAUCUGUGACAUCGGCCUGGCCGAUCUUCGCAGCAAGCUGUCCAUUAUUCCUCAGGAGCCUGUGCUGUUCAGUGGCACAGUCAGGUCAAACCUGGACCCCUUUUUCCAAUACACCGAAGAGCAGAUCUGGGAUGCUUUAGAGCGGACACACAUGAAGGAAUGUGUGUCACAGCUGCCCCUAAAGCUUGAGUCAGAAGUGGUGGAGAAUGGAGAGAACUUCUCUGUUGGAGAAAGACAGCUGCUUUGUGUAGCUAGAGUCUUACUCAGGCAGUGUAAGGUCUUGAUAUUGGAUGAGGCUACAGCAGCAAUGGACUCAGAGACCGAUUCACUGAUCCAGGAGACAAUCCGCAAUGCAUUUCAGGACUGCACUACCCUGACCAUAGCCCACCGGCUGCACACCGUACUUAGCUGUGACCGCAUCAUGGUGCUCAACCAGGGACAGGUGGUGGAGUUCGACGAGCCGUCCAAACUGCUGGCCAAUGAGAACUCUCGGUUUUGUGCCAUGCUGGCUGCCGUAGAGAACAAGAUCUCUGUGAGAGGAUAAAAUGGGUACAGAAGUCACAAAAGUGCCCUGGAGAUGAGGAGGGGGGAGGACGCUUCCACAAGGCUCCAGCCAUCCGACUGCUCCCUCCGUGGUCUUACCCUCCCCUGCAUAACCCACCCUGAGCUUACUGCUCAGCCUGUGGAGGGGUGCUGCAUCGGACCACGGAUAUAUAAUUCUGCGGCCGCAUCAUGCCAUGAUAUGGGUCCUUGGUAUAAGGCAAGGGCUACUCUGAGGAGAUGCCUGCUCAGAAACCAUUUCAGCUGGAAUGGUCAGGGAAGCACUGAUACUGUACUGUCUUUAGUAAUAUACAUAUAUUAAAUAAAGCUUUACAUGUAGCUAUAUUCAUAGCAAAACUGGUCUGUUUGAUAGAAUACAUCUAUACAUAUAUAUUUACAGUGGUAAUAUAUGCUUUAUUUUCUACCGAUUCUAUAUGUACAACGUAGUUGUAUGAUUAUGUUCACUGAUGUGUGUUGCCAUCAUUGCUGUCUAACUCUGUUGCUUUUUUGCGACUUGAAACAUCUGUAACCUUUUUUUGUCUUGUGACUUAAACUCAAGAGCCCUUAAACCCUGGACCCUGGCAAGUGAUGGAUCUGUGAGGCAUAAAGAGGGCUAGAUAAAAAGAUAAUUGGUGCUGCUUGUCCUCUGUGUUUUCAUGGGGUAAUGAAAUGGGCACCGUAUCACCCCUGCUAAAUGAUAGUCUAGCCCAUCUUGACUUGACUCUAGCCCUUCUUGGCUCCAGUUGUCCUACUCUUGAUUUUCAGACUUAAUUUGGUCGAUUUAAAACUUCUUAUUAUCACAGUUACUUUGACUGCUGUUAAAACUUUGUUGUCACUGCCCCUUUGCACAGAUGAAGCUACAAUGGCUCACCACCGCCAUCUGCUGGUGGGGAGGGGAGGUCCAGAUGACCAAAAAAGAUGCCAGUAGAGCACGUGGCCUCUUUGAUUUGAAUAAUGUUGCGUUUGUCUUUGCCCUGACCAGUUUAAUCUUUGUAAUGUGUGUGCAUAAAUGUGUGUGUCGUUGGUCCGCUCAUAAAACAAUGACCAGAACCACACACAAUAAAUCUUCUGCACUGGGUGUACUAUGGAACCCCUAUAUCCUGUCUUUGCAGUAUUGAGGUGAUGUUCAAACUGGUACUGUAAUUACUAAUAACCUCGAAGCAAGCCUUGCAGAAUGUCUGUCUGUCUUUAUCUGUCAUUUCUAUUACUUUUUAAUAGCCUUAGCAUGACUUCAUUAUUGCCUUGUUUAGCAGGGUAGGAUGAGAGGGAAUGGGACCGGGUAAGACGGGAUCACUUUAAAAUAUUCUGUCAAUAAAAGCUAUUUUAGAUUUA